AUGAACACAAAAGAUGCAGCAGGUUUCUUGGGAGGCAAAUUGGUGAUCGGCAGAGAUGCCGUAGUGCACUCGGCCAAAUCUGGGAAGCACAGCGUCGUACUACGUACCUCCAAUGAGAGCGAGUGGUUCACACGCAGCUUUUGCAAGGCGCAGAAAGGGAGAAGUUUCAAUACAAGCGAUUCCGCAAAGAGCAAUUCGUCGACGAAGAAGCUUGGUCGAUUUCAGCGACACCGCGAAGAGGCCAACCGGCGAUACACGUGGAACUGGCGGCGGUACGAGGCCUCAGUUCAGGGCGACACGGGUGCGUCGGGGGUGUCGAGGACGGACGGAGUUCUCUGA